CCCUGCAUGGAAUUGCAUUGCCACAGAAUUUUCUUUUCAUCCAGGGUUUGGUUUUUGUGUAAUUUUCUCAGAAUUCUAACGUUGACCACUAAUUUAAAGCAAAUCAUAAUUACAAAACCUUGAUCUCACAUCUUUUACUGUUCUUGAUUUAACAGUGUUUUUUAGUGCGUUGUGUCUAAGAUUGAGAUUUUAAGCUCAACAGGUGAACUUGAAGAAUGAAUUGUAGUUCAAAAGUUUUUUUCAAAGGACUGCUUCCUAAAUAUUAUGUGAACAUCUUCCGUGGAUCAGUUUCAUUAACUUCAAAAUUAGACCUCAAGCAUAGUGUUCAAACUCAUAAUUUCCUUGUCUUUUGUGAUGAUAAUAAAUUCUUUGACAAUCAAUCAAAGUAUUCAACUCACUCUAGAAAUCUGUUUUCAUCUUCUAAAUCUCUAAGUGUGUUUGGAAGUAAAAUGUCAGCAGAACAACUUUUCAACUGUGUUGAAUCAAUCCUUGCAUCGCAAGACAAACACGUCUCUGCAACACAAGAGGUUGCAGUCAAAUCAUUUUUUAGUCACUAUACUGUACUUGAUCAAGAGGAGAAAUUCAAAUUUUUAAGAAAACUUGCUUGUGACUUUGAUGUGAAUCAUGAAGCCGUUACUAAACAUAUACUUAAUACGAAAACCCAAUCCAUGGAUCAAAAUGACCUCACAGUAAUUGAAAAUAAACUAAGGACCCUCCUCACUCCCAGCUACUUACUCCUGUUCAAAACAGUUGGUCGCUUCCAAAAUGGGGUGAAAUUUCUUGUUGAUUUGCGAGAAAAUAUCUUGCAAUUACAAAGCAAACUCACUGCUAUGGCACCUGAAAGUUCCCCCGUGAAGCAAAUGAAUAUUACUCUGAAGAAUUUAAUAUCUGACUGGUUUAGUGUCGGAUUUCUGGAACUUCAACGUAUUACGUGGAAAUCUUCUUGCCAAAUGCUUCAGAAGAUUUCAGAGUACGAAGCUGUUCACCCAAUGCGCAGCUGGACGGACUUGAAACGGAGGGUUGGUCCGUACAGACGUUGUUUUGUCUACACCCAUUUCGCAAUGCCCGAUGAGCCUCUUGUUGUUCUUCACACAGCCUUGUGCAAAAAUAUUGUGUCUAGCACCAGUGAAAUUUUCUCUUCUUCAUCUAAUGCAAAGCAGCUGAUAGACAGCAGAGAUGAGCCCGCAGAUGAGGAGAAUAUGGAAAACAUUAAUACUGCUAUCUUCUAUUCAAUUUCUUCAACUCAGCCUGGACUGCAAGGGAUAGAGCUUGGAAAUCAUCUCAUAAAAAGGGUAGUCCGUGAAGUGCAGUCAGAAUUACCACAAAUCUCUCAGUUUUCAACAAUUUCUCCUAUUCCUGGGUUCACAUUGUGGCUUAUGGACAGAUUCAAGCAAUGGGAGAGUGGAGCGACAUUCAACCAAUUUCCUGUGGAUGAGAUAAAAAAAUUUCUAGGACAAGAUGAUGAGUCUUUUUGGAGGAGGCUAAGACAGAUAUUUGCAAGCAAUGCUUGGUACAAAGAACCAGCUUUACGUGAAAUAUUAGAAGAACCUCUCAUGAAAUUGUGUGCUCAUUACCUAUUCAAUGAGAAGAAGAGAAGUUAUGCAUUGAAUUCAGUAGCAAAUUUUCACUUACGAAAUGGAGCUGUAAUGUGGAGAAUCAACUGGUUAGCUGACGUUUCUCCCCGAGGUCUCUCCAAUUCGUGUGGAAUUAUGGUAAAUUACAGAUAUUUUCUCCCUGAAGUUGAGGCAAACAGUGAUAAUUAUCUGAAAAAUCAAGUAAUUGCAGCUUCUGAGUCAGUGCAAAAAUUGGCUUCUGAUAGACUGUUAACUGCUAAGUUGUGAUGGAAUGGGUAAAAUAGUUGUUAUCUUUUCAGUUCAUCGUUUGCAUGACAUCCUUCCUGUUAUGCUCUCUGCACUUUUAGUGGUUUCAUGACUACGUGGCACCAAACACUUAAAGAGGCUGUGUUAUCAUUGGCCAUCAUGAUACGUCAUUGUGAAGUGUCAGCAGAAGCAAUUUUAACUUAUUGCACCGUCAACCUUCUCCACAUCGGAGUCAAUAUAAGGGGGACCCCAGAAAAAACCGGAAUUUUUCCAGAACUUGGCAAUGGUUAAAUAUUUCCGGAUUCCACUGAUAGGAAGUGUAACCAGGAGCUAUGAAGGGGUGUUGGGCUACAUCACAAACGUUGUAGCACAUUUUCUUCCGUUUUUUUGAGACUUAAUUUAUUGGUGAAGCAUAUUCCCUGAAAUAUUAAUUCAUAAGUUUGACAGAAUUAGCCGUGUCAUGCCUGUGAAAAUCACUUAUCUUAAAAAACGACAGGCUCGCUGAACACUGCUCACACGAAGACUCGCCAAAAUGAAAGAAAAUGAGCUAUGAUGUUGCAAUUUGGCCGAACAACUCUUCAUAGCUCCUAAUUACAAAUCCUUGUGGUGGAACCAGGAAACUUUCAACUGUUGACAAGUUACAACAACAUUCGGAUUUUUUGGGUCCCCCCCUCAUAUGUUACAUAUUUUCUCUGCCUAUGUAGGCAUUAUUUAUUUGUUAAAGGCUGUGAUUGUGAUUUAAAAAUUGGAUCAAUGUUAAUUAGAAAUUUUAUUCAAUUUUUCAUGACUAUUGAGUUAUUUCCAUUUGGAAAUUUUUGUCUUUCAUAAACCAAAAAUACUAUUUUUUUUCUUACUUUUUCAUGUUUCAAUAAAUAUUAUCAUUUAAUGAUAAUGAAGUCUUGCGUGUAGUCUGUUCUGUGAGAGGAUUCUAUUUGUUUUCCUCCACAUCCAUUUUCAAAAGCCUAUUUUCUUUAUUGUUUCAUGUUUUAAUAAAUAUUAUCAUUUAAUGAUAAUGAAGUAUUGCGUAUAAUCUGUUCUA